AUGUCGAAGCAAAAGAUGUUGAUCAAGGUGUCCACCGAUGGCGACUGCAAGAAACGCUCCAGGGCCCUGGAAAUUGUAGUCAGCGUUUCUGGAGUGCAAUCUGUAGCUUUAGUAGAGAAAGAUAAGAACCAGAUAGAGGUGAUAGGAGAAGGAGUAGAUCCAGUGAAACUGACGUGUUCCCUGAGGAAGAAGUUAGCCUAUGCAGAGCUCAUAAGCGUAAGCCCUGUAGAAGAGAAGAAAGAUGAGAAGAAAGAUGAUGAGAAAGUUGAAUGUUAUCCUGCUUGGUCCUAUGGCAUGCCAAUCUACGUGCAGGAGCAAUAUGAUUCCCCUUGCAGAACAUGCUCCAUCAUGUAACAAUAUAAUAUUACGUGUUUACUCUGUUUGCAGAGAGAUUGCUUCCAUGGCUCAAACCUACAAUCUCCAAGUCACAAGUGGAAUAGUUUUAUCAUUACACCAAAAUCAUCUUUUUUUGUAAUAAAACGGAUGACUUUAGUGUAAUGGUAAAAUUAUUCCGCUUAUGAUUUGGAGAUCAU